AUGCAGGCCAACAUUUACACGCUCCUAAACUACGUCGGGGAAUUCAUAUCGAUAAAUACCACCAAUUUUAAACAUGUGGAAUAUACGCCUCCUUUAUGGAAGCAAAUUUUUUGGUGUAUUUUCUACAGUCUGAUGGUGAUAGUUGCAACCGGUGGCAAUUUGAUCGUCAUAUGGAUUAUAUUAAUGCACAAAAGAAUGAGAACAGUCACGAAUUAUUUUUUACUAAAUCUCUCUAUUGCGGACGCAUUGGUGUCAACAAUCAAUGUAAUAUUCAAUUUCAUAUACAUGUUGUACUCCCAUUGGCCAUUCGGAAUGAUAUAUUGCAAGCUGGCCCAAUUCGUGGCCACUUUGACAAUAUGCGCUUCGGUUCUUUCACUCAUGGCAAUCGCAGUUGAUAGAUACUUGGCUAUAAUAACGCCUCUCAAGCAAAGGAUGAGCCAGAAAUGUACCCUGAUUGUAAUAACGUGGACCUGGAUAUUGGGCGUGGUGGUGGCGUUGCCAAACCUUUGGUUUUUCCGCGCCGAUAAAGUGUCGAGGAAUUCGUGGAGGGUCAGCUGCUACAUGCAAUGGCCGGACGGCGACACCGGCAAGUCGAAGCUGGAAUGCAUCUACAACUUCUCGGUGAUGGUAUUUACCUACGUAAUACCGAUUUCGGCUAUGAUAUUCACUUACAGUCGAAUAGCCGCGGUGUUGUGGGGAUCCCAAUGCAUCGGAGAGAACACCGAGAGGCAAAUGGAGAUAAUCAAAAGUAAAAGAAAAGUGGUGAAGAUGAUGAUGGUGGUUGUGACAAUUUUCGCUAUUUGUUGGCUUCCUUAUCACUUUUACUUCCUCGUUGUAUUCUAUUUUCCGUCGGUUUCGAUAUCUAGCUACAUUCAAGAUUUGUAUCUCUUCAUCUAUUGGCUGGCAAUGAGCAAUUCCAUGUACAAUCCCAUUAUUUACUGUUGGAUGAACGCCAGAUUUCGAUGUGGAUUCUGUAGAGUUUUCUCGUUUCUGCCUUUCGUGAAUUUCAAUCCAGAUUCAAGCGCGCGCAGUAGCUCCAAAAACACCGCAGGUUCGUUUUAUGGAUCAGAUUUGUCUGCGACCAGGAGUAUGCGAAAAAACACUUGA